GGUGCCUUAUUAGCAAAAAUGGACAUUUCCUGUGCAUUUCGUCUGUUACCAGUUUGUCCACAGGAUUUUUGUUUAUUAGGCUUUCAACACUCUGGUGCAUAUUACAUUGACAAGUGCUUACCUAUGGGUUGUUCAUUGUCGUGCUCUUUAUUUGAGAAGUUUUCUACAUUCCUUCACUGGGAAUUAGCUCAGAGGUCUAAAUUGAAAAGCAUUAUUCACUAUUUAGAUGAUUUUUUGUUUUUUGAAGAGUUAUGUUUAGACUUAGGCAUUCCUUUAGCUUUUGAGAAAACAGAGGGACCUUCUACUCGUUUGAGUUUUCUAGGUUUAGGCAUAGAUACUAUUUCCGGAACUAUAUUUGUUCCAGAUGAUAAAGUUAGGGAGUUAUUGGCAAAGAUAAAUGGAAUACUUAAUUCAAAAAAGGUUACUUUGAAAGAAAUGCAGUCAUUGGCCGGGGCGCUUGCAUUUGUGGUUAAGGCAUUGCCAGCUGGAAGGGCUUUUUGUUCAAGACUUUAUGGUUCAAUGGCAGGAGUCAAAAAAUCUUUCCAUUUUAUAAGAAUUACAGCAGAAAUUAAGUUAGACUUGUUAAUGUGGGUUCAAUUUCUUACUGAUUUUAAUGGUAGGACACAAUUUCCUAGUCUUGUAUGGCAGGAAGAUGAUUCACUCCAUUUUUAUUCAGAUAGUUCAAGUUCUCAUGGUUGCGGUGUUGUGUUCGGUAAACAUUGGUGUAGUCUGCAUUGGCCUCAUGGCUGGCCUGAGGAAUGCUACAGGGAUAUCACUUUCCUAGAACUUGUACCUAUUGUAUUAGGGGUUAUGAUUUGGGCUGAAAGCUUAAGGAACAAAAAACUCCUACUUCAUAUUGACAAUUUAUCUUUGGUGUACAUCAUUAAUAACAAAUCAUCAAAAAACAAAAGAAUUAUGAUAUUAGUCCGGAUGUUAGUUCUGCAGACCCUCAAGUUUAAUGUACAAAUAAAAGCUCAACAUAUACCAGGUGUUAAAAAUGAAAUUGCAGAUGCUAUUUCUCGGUUUCAGUGGACCAGGUUUCGUCAAUUGGCUCCUUGGGCAGACCCCUUUCCCUCCAUGGUACCUAUUCAGUUUUGGAGAGCUAUUCAGGAACUGUAGCCAGUCUUCUGCAGGCCAGUGUAUCUCAAAAUACAGCGAAUGUAUACCGUCAGGGAUUGCAAAGUUUUUUCAAUUUUAGACAACAGUUGUCAUUCCAGCAGAUAUGGCCCCCACCCGUUGAUCACAUGAUUAAUUUUAUAGCAUAUCUGUCAGAGAGUAAUAUGGCUUUUUCUACUGUCAAAUGCUAUUUAUCAGGAAUCAGUUUCGUCAUUAACUUGCAUGGUUGGCAGAAUCCAGUGGAUUCAUUUAUUAUUAAGAAGUUGUUAGCUGGUUACAAGAGAUGUAAUCCAUCUCAGGAUAUAAGAAAACCAAUUACAUUACCUUUGUUGAAUAGCAUUGUCAGUGUUUUGCCACAUUUGUGUUUUUCUGAUUUUGAAGCAGCUUUAUUUCAGUCUGCUUUUGCAUUGGCUUUCUUUGCAUUACUAAGGGUGAGUGAAGUGGUGGCUUUGGGUGUCCAGCAUAUAACUGUAUCUAGUGAUACCAUUGAAAUCUUUAUCAAAACAUCUAAGACUGAUCAAAUUGGUGCGGGGGCAUUUGUG